AGUCUUUUCCACUGUAUCAAAGCUUCUAAUCACACCCCUCGUUCCCAUCUCUUUCUCAUUCUCUGCAUCUUUAGGUUGGCGAGUUUAUAAAGAUCCCUCUCUUUUUCUCCUUUACCAGCAAAAUGCUCUUCUCGAUCUCCACUUCCACCUCCAACACCAAGUCGACUUCCAAUUGGCUCGAACGCCUCCACAGCUCCAGGGGCUUCUCCGUCCCCGCCCACCUCCACCUCGACCACUUCCUCUCCCCUGAUUCUGCUUCCAACCCUAGCCCUAACUCUCCUCCUCCUCCUCCUCCUCCUCCUCCCCCCGAGGAAGUACUCUCCGAUCCGCCGCCUCCAGAGCCUCUCGCCAAUCCACGCCGCCGGAAAAAACAUCUGCAACCGCCUCCGCCCCCGGGCGCUUCUACUGAUGGGAAGCAGCGGCUCUUCGAUCUCGUGGGCGGUGUCCUCGCGGAGCUCUUUGUUAUGGGAGGACCGCCCGUGGUCCGGGCCCUCAAGGCCAAGAAGAGCUCCCGAAAGCAGCCCAACCCUAAGGUCUGCGUACCCUCGGCUUCCGCCAGCAUUGACGGCUGCCGUUCCCUUCCGGCGACGUCUCCGCCCUCCAGCGCGGACAACAGUGUGGCCGAGGCCAAGAAGAGCCGGUCAAAGCUGCGGAGAAAGCGGGGCACGGCCGGUAGUCCGGUGGACUUGGACUUGUCGGCGUACUCGAGGACGGAUGUGACGGUAAUUGAUACCAGCUGCCCGGGGUGGAAGUCAGAGAAGGUCAUCUUUAGGAAGGGAAUUAUGUGGAAGGUCCGGGAUAAGAAAGUGUGGACAUUGAGCAGGAAAAAAAGGAAGAUGGGUCUCGUGGGGAGAUUGAUUAAUGAGAAAGACAAGGAACAGCCUCUGGCUGAACCAAAAGUUCAAGCAGAUGAGGGGAUUUUAGCAUCAUUUGUUGAAGGUGGUGAUCCUGUCGACAAGAGGGAUGCUUCUGGAAAGAUAGGUGACCAGGUUCCAAUUUCCAUACGAAGGCAGAAGUUUUCAAGAUCCCCACGUACACGAACAGCCGAAGACUCUGCUUUCCAACCAAAUGCUACAAGCAGCAGGAAAAAUGGUGUAUCGUGCCCUAGAAGUUCACCUAAAGAAAGAUGAGAUUCUGAAGAAUUUGGAGUUGUCCCUGUUCAUUCAGUUGGAAAAGGUUUUCCAAAGGCCUGUCUAUGCUCUGCAGCUUAAUGAAAUGCUCUUUGCAGGACAAGGUAUGGAAAGUUAUUCUCAAUUUGGUCGUUUGUAACUGCUACUGGAUGCUUGCAAAUUCACCAUGGGGUGGCUUUACUGUCUUGUGGUUGUGGUCUGAAGUUUAUUUUUCUUACCAUUCCUUCUCACACAGUCACCUUAAUCUGUUAAGCUGAGAUGAUUGUGUGGUUGUUUGUGGGACACAUUUGUCUAUUUAAACUCUUAUUCUUGUCGGUGAUA